UUUAAAAAUUCUGAUAAUUAAAAAAAUUUAUUUUUCAAAUUCUGAUAACUAAAAAAAACACCCUCCCUUUCCCAUCACUGGCAGCCACCCCCUCCCUUGCCAGCGGCCAAGCAGUCCCUUGGCGACCUAUCUGUCUAAAUAUUUCAGUUGGUAGAAAUUGAAUAUCCAAAGCAGCAUAAAGAAGCAUAGAUAUGAAUUUAUCAACAAGAAUCACAGAGAAAUUGCCCUUUCUUGAAGUUCUAGGAAGCCCCGUGUUCUCUUCUAGAGGAGUGUCCAGACUAGGGUGUGUGCAUUUGAAGCAGCCUAGUCUUCGGACCUUUUCCGGGGUUCGAGCGAAAACGGUUGCUAGUUUUGAUAGUUGUGAUGGUGCUUUAAAGGAUGGGACAGGGGUUGUUCUUCCUUCAGCUAAAGAGUUUGCAGAGCAAGCAAUUCAAUCAAUAAAAUCAGGAAAAGUUAUUGCUGUGCCAACUGAUACAUUGUAUGGCUUUGCUUGUGAUGCUUGCUCUAGAGAAGCUGUGAACAGGAUUUAUGAGAUCAAAGGCCGCAAGCUUACCAGCCCUCUUGCAAUAUGUGUUGGGGAUGUGUCAGAAAUAAAUCGUUUUGCAUUUACAAAUCAUUUGCCUGAUACUUUGCUUGAUGCGCUCCUUCCUGGUCCUGUGACUUUAGUUUUGAGGCGAGGAGAGGCAAGUAUUCUAGAGAAGUCAUUGAAUCCAGGGAUAGAUAGUAUUGGUGUUCGAGUGCCUGAUAGCGAUUUUAUAAGGAUCAUUGCUCGGGGUUCUGGAAGUGCAUUGGCUCUUACUAGUGCAAAUUUGACUGGACAUCGUAGCAGUGUCUGCAUCAAAGAUUUCGAGAGUUUGUGGGGACACUGUGCCUAUGUGUAUGAUGGUGGUGAGCUGCCCAUGGGCCGUGCAGGGUCUACAAUAGUGGAUUUGACGAGUCCUGGAAAAUAUAAGAUAAUAAGGCCUGGCAGUGCAAGAGAAGAAACUAUUGAAAUCCUGAAAAAGCAUUUUCUUGUAGAAGAGAAGACUGAUAAUUCAUGAUCAAUCAACUGAAUAAGCAGCUAUUUAAAUACAAAUAGGUAGAUUGCACGGAGGCAUGGAGCAGCAUGAUGAACUAAUUGUUGGAUUUGAAAGGCCUUCUAAUGCUCUGGAUUGUGUGCAACCUUUGAAGGCGUCUUAACUUUUGUAUGUUAAAAUUUUGUUUAUAUUUGCAGAUUAUAAUGCUUUGGUAGUUUGGUGUAAUUUAAUCAUAUAGCGUUCAGACUAGGACUAGCUAGAAUGGAUAGCAGUUAAGUGAACAAUAUGAGUUCCUCUAAGAUUAGACUAAAUCAAUUUCUAUAUUUCUACUGCCAAAAAGUGUUAUGCAUGAGAUCCUAAGGGUUGUAUGAGAUUAAUUAUUUAUAAAUACGAUGGCUACUUGUUCUAUACA